UUUGACAUUUAUUUGACAUAGAAAACGGCGGCGGUGCACUUUUAAAACUUCUUUUUCUUUAGUUUUAAAGUAAAAAUGACUACUAUAAAAGUUAAAAACGAACAAGAAAUCAUUAAGAAACUCUCAUCUUAUGUAGAAAAAAUAUCAAAUGACGCUAUCGUAAACAGAGGACGGUUUUAUAUUGGGUUAUCAGGUGGCUCUGUGAUUAAAUACCUUUGUGAAGGUCUUCCACAAGUGAAAACAGACUGGUCGAAGUGGACAUUAGCAUUUUGUGAUGAAAGAGUAGUACCAGAAGAUAGUGAUGACUCCACAUUCGGUUGUUAUGAAAGAAUGUUGAUACCUAAAACUAAGUUGUCUAGAAAUCAGUUUAUUAUCUUAAAGCAAGGAGUUACGGCCGAGGAAGCAGCAAAAGAUUACACAGAACAAUUGAAAGAAGCAUUUAAAAGUGACAAUUUUAAGUUUGACUUAUUACUACUGGGUAUGGGUCCUGAUGGGCACACAUGCUCCUUGUUCCCUGGUCAUCCACUCUUGGAUGAAGUGGAUCUGAAGGUGGCAGCUAUCACCGAUUCUCCCAAGCCACCUCCGGCUAGAAUAACAUUAACCUAUCCAGUUAUAAAUAAUGCUAGGAACUGUAUAUUUGCUUGCAGUGGUGCAGGAAAAGCGGAGAUGCUUAAACGUAUUUUAAAAGACAAAGAAGAUUUACCGGCAGCCAGAGUACAACCAAAAGAAGGUUCCGUAUAUUGGUUAGUUGAUGAAUCUGCAGCACAAAAUCUUUAGAAAACAUUUCUUAUCACCAAUAUUUUACACUGGAUGUAUGAUAUUAGGUGAAAACUGUUAAUUUGUAUGUCAAAUACAAAUUUUUAAUCAAUUAAUUACAUCAAUGUCAUAAUUUUACAAGAAAUUGUUUAGGAUGUUUCCGAUUGUGAUUAGGGAAAAUUUCCAAAAUGGUGACCUUUUAACUAUCAUUUUCAAUUAAAAGAAGAUAUUGUUAUCUUUAGUUCUUCAAAGCAAACUGAAAAAGAAUUCAAAUUUUAUAAAACUAGCUAUCGCCCGUGACUCUGUCCGCAAUGGAA